UAGAGCUAACUAUAGCUUUGGGUCAUAUUUAUCAGCGUUUCAUGGUUUCAUUUACUGGGUUCUUUAGCGAAUACUGACCAAGACUACCACCACACGAGGGAUUUUAUUUUUCUUCAUGUGCGUAUUAUUCUCAUCUGUUAUUUUCGCAUUUACUUGUUUUAAAUUAUUAUUAACGGCGACGUAUAAUUCACUGAGCGCUGCUCAGGACGGUCAGCCAAUUGAAACUACAAUGCCCGAAACAUCUCUGGCGCAUGCGCUCUACGUCCUCCAAAGACGUUAGUGGAGAUCGGUGACCGUCGAGAGAUUCAUCUCCCGUAGCAGCUAACGCUCAAGUAAAUCAAGAAAACCAGGAACGGACAAAAAGACGGAGGUUUUCGCGGCUCGGGCCGAGUUGGUGCAUCCAGGUGGCAGGAUGGGGGACCAGAAAGAAUCUCUGCUGAAGAUCACCCACACCCUGACCAUGAAGAAUGAGGAAAUUUCAAACUUCGUCUGCACCCUCAAACAAAGCCUCGACAACUUGGAGGCAAACUCCACCCGAGUGCAGGAAGACCUGCAGGCUGAGUUCACGACCCUUCAGUCAGUUCUUGAUGAAAUGAAGGACAACAUGUUGACGCGUAUCAAACAGGAGAGAGCCACCCGCACAUAUGAGCUCCAGAGUCAGGUGACUGCCUGUUCCAAAGCUCUGGAGAGUUCGGAGGAGCUACUGGAGUUAGCCAAUCAGACGCUGUGCUCCUCUGAGACUGAUGGUUUCUCUCAGGCGGCCAAAGACAUUAAGGAUAGUGUGACAAUGGCUCCAGCCUUUCGCCUCUCCCUGAAGGCUAAAGCCAGUGACAACAUGAGUCACCUGAUGGUGGAUUUCAGCCAGGAGAGGGAGUUGUUGAAGAGCCUCAAGUUUCUGCCAGUUCCUGCCACACCAGAGAUCCAGGUGUCGGAGUGUCAGGUGUGUGACAACACAGUGACUGUGGUGUGGACAUUAGCAGAGCCCGACAGCAAGAUAGACCACUACAUCCUGGAACACAGACGGACCAAUCACGAGGGUCCGCCUCGCAUCAGGGAGGAUUACCCUUGGAUGGUGGUGGAGGGGAUACGAGAGAUGGAGCACACGAUCACAGGGCUGCGGUUUGACACCCGCUACAUGACAUUCAGAGUGAGAGCCUGCAACAAAGCUGUGGCCGGAGACUUUUCGGAACCAGUUACAAUCGAAACACACGCCUUCACCUUCAAACUCGACGCCGCCUCGGCCCACCAGAACCUGAAGGUGGAGGACCUGAGUGUGGAGUGGGACAGCAGCGGAGGGAAGGUGCAGGAGAUUCGCAAAGAGAAAAAUCGUAUCAACUCUCCGCUGCACUCUCCAGCCAGGUCGGCCCUGGCCUCACCCAAGAGAGGACCGACCGCCCGUCCGGGCAGAGACAGGUUUACAGCAGAGUCUUACACAGUCCUGGCUGACACCAUGAUCGAUGCGGGACAGCAUUACUGGGAGGUUCGGUUCGAUAAGGAAAGCAAAGCCUUCGCUGUCGGGGUGGCCCUGCGCAGCCUGGGUCGAUUUGACCAGCUGGGAAAAAGCAGCGCCUCCUGGUGCAUUCACCUGAACAACUGGCUCCAGCAGAGCCUCACAGCCAAGCACAACAACAAAGCUCGAACUCUGGACUGUCAAAUCCCCAGCACAAUUGGCGUUUACAUUCACUACGAAGAAGGUUUACUCUCUUUCUACAAUGCCAAAACUAAGCAGCUGAUGCAUACCUUCAAAUCAAAGUUCCCACAGCCGGUAAUUCCAGCUUUCAUGGUGUGGAAUGGCAGUUUCUCAGUGGUGACAGGUCUGCAGGUGCCCAGUAUGGUUCAGAGUGGCCAGAGAAGGAACAGUGGUACCAGCAGCUCCAACGCCAGCGUCAACUAAAUCCAUCCGCAGCUCCCCCCGCCCCCCCGCCCCCGUUGAACGCCGCUCGCUCUGUGGGAUCACCUGCUGCUGUGACCGCACUCGCAGCCAUAUCCACCAAGAGUUCAGACACUGCAGUGAGAUGGUCAUAUCUGGUUCUCACGUCAGUGUUGCAUGACGACAACAAGCGGUUUCGGGAAUGGGUGAGUCAUCGGCAUAUUCAGUGACAGAGCUCUCCUUCUCAAGAACUCUGGCUAUAAUUGCUCCGAGCACAUUAGCUGUAGUCUUACUGCUUUAAAUCUCUCUGGUUAUCGUUGUUUAGCAUUGAUUUCACUGCUGCUAGGUUCACAAUUUAGCGCUGGCCGCUGCUCCAUUGUCUUCAUGUCAGCUGCGUUAUCAGCCGGCUGUCGCUUCAGGUUCAGGCUUCACCUCUGACCUCUGUCUGCUCUCUCUCUCUCUCUCUUUCUUUUCCUGUGCCUUCCAUGUCAUCUCUAAACUGAGAGGCCAAAAGUUAACAACACGCUACAAAGAACAGCAUCAUAAUGCACUACGUAAUACUGUGUAUUAGUAUACAGGAAGUGUUCCUUUCUAUGUACAUCAAUGUAUUGUAACAGUGUCACUGUAACCUAUCGUAGCUUAGUGAUAAUUGUCACCUGGCAGCCUCAGCCAGAUGUUUCACCACUGUUAGACACUCAGUACAUUUACAGAUAUUAGUUACAUUUACAUACUGUAUAUGCAUUCAGCAGAUGCUUUUAUCCAAAGCGACAACAGAAGGAUUAACAAUCGAGCGUGUGGCGUCUCUGUCCCCGAGGCAGGCGUGCUAACUGCCGCACUGUGGAACUCACAAGUUCCACUUUUAACAAAUGUCAGUUGGACUUACUGUUCUCUAUGUCCUUGACCCCGUUAACCAUCACAGGUUGGGAGGUGUUUUAUAUAUUGUACUUUGACCAACUAUGUCACGGCUGGUGGCCACAUUUCCUGUUUUCUUGUUGGCAGGUGCCAUGACAGACAAAGCGUUCAAUACGAGCGACGAUCUUUUUUAAGAUGAGUUUAGAUGAGUGUAACUAGCAGGAAGUGUUUAGGUUAUUAUAUUCACACAGUAUUUCACAAACAUUUCACAAGGAUUGAUGAUCAGAUAUUAACAAACAAACGUUAACUUUCAAAUAUACAACCCUCAUUGUUAGAUUAAAAUCAGUGUGAUGGCCAAGGUUUUUAUUCUACCAGAAUGUUGCUGAUGGUUUGAACACAC